AAAAAAAGAUGAUCAUGGUGAUGAUAUGAGAAGAUGGAGAAGGUAUUGUGGCAAAGGUUUAGAGAGGUUGCGUGUCAUUUAUAAUUUCCUCUAAAUUCAAACACUUUAUUAACUUUGAAUAAUAAAAAAAAUGCAAAGCGAAGACUUGACGUUGACUGAAAAAAAUUCUACUUUCUGUCCACUUGGAAACACUGCGUUUGUUCAGAUCAAAGACUUGAUUAUACUUUCUGUGCUCCUCUCUGUUCAUCACUGUGCGCUUUCCCACUUCAUCUGCGAUUCCAUGUCUUCUAGUCUCGAGACCAUGAGAUUCCUGAGAGAUCAACCCCCGUCUCACUACUUAUGGAAACUAAAACCCUUUUCCUUACUGGUGAAAUCAGAAAUAGAAAAGCACGAAUCUGGUGCUUUUCAAGGUGGAGGCUACAAAUGGAAGUUGGUUCUCUACCCUAAUGGAGACCAGAAGGCUGAUGGGAAAGACCAUGUUUCCCUCUACCUGGCAAUUCAAGAAACAGCCUCUUUACCUAAAGGUUGGGAGGUUAAUGUUGAGUUGAAAUUGUUUUUGUUUGAUCAUUUGAAGAACAAGUACCUGGUGGUUCAAGAUGGUGAUGGGGGAGUUAAGAAUUUUCAUGAGAUGAAAACUGAGUUGGGUUUUGCCAAGUUGAUUCCUCUUCAAACUUUGAAUGAUCCGGGCUCCGGGUACCUCGUUGAUGAUUCUUGUGUAUUUGGGGCUGAGGUUUUUGUUAUUCAACCUACUGGAAAAUGUGAUUCUAUUUUGAUGAAUGAGGAUCAGAAAAAGGGCAUUUUCUCUUCGAAGCUGAUGAACUUUUCCGAAUUACCAAAUGCCCGUGUGCAUCCGAAUGUUCAUAACGCCGGAUGUAGAAAUGGGAAAAUGAUACUUGAUGAUUCGAAAGUGUAUGAUAAAGGAGAGAAAAGUUCCUUAUCGACACUCCAAAGGCUUAAGAAUAGUUUAUUUUCUGUUUUCCAAAGGCAAUCUGAUUGUAACAGCCUUUCAUCUGAUGAGGAGCUCGACCUUGCAGAAGCCCGGUUAGAAGAAUCAGAUAUGUCCUCGUGCUACGUUGCAGGAAUUUCAAGAACAAUUAGAGAUCUUCCGCCAGCUCACUACCUUUUCGAAAUAAAGUCAUUCUCGUCGUUGUUGAAGCAAGAGGGAGAGAAGCAUGAAUCUGAUAGUUUUGAAGCUGGUGGUUUCAAAUGGAGGUUGUCUCUGUACCCGAAUGGAUGCAAAGACAGAAAUGGAAAUGGUCAUAUCUCCCUUUACUUGAGAAUUUUAGAGACAAAGACUUUUUCACCCAACUGGGAGAUUAAUGUUAACUUCAAAUUGUUUGUGCUUGAUCAGAUAAGAGACAAGUAUCUUACCAUCCAAGAUGCUGAUGGGACCGUAAGGCGUUUUUAUGAGAUGAAGACAGAGUGGGGAUUUGACCAGUUAGUCCCCGUGGAGACUUUUAAUGACGUUAGUAAUGGAUAUCUUAUUAAUGAUCGCUGCAUAUUCGGGGCAGAGGUGUUUGUUAUUAGGCAUAACUGCGUGAAGGACAGCAUUUCAGUAGUAAAGAAUCCUGCUACAUGCAAUACCUACACUUGGAAGAUUGACAAGUUCUCGACAUUGACAGACGAGUUUUAUGACUCCGAAGACUUCACUAUAUGUGGAAGAAAAUGGAGGUUGGAUAUUUAUCCGAAAGGAUAUGGAACAGCGAAAAACACAUGGCUCUCCCUCUACGUCUAUUUAGUUGAUGGCAAAUCUCUUCCCUUGAAGCAGGAGUGGCACGUAGAAUUCAAGUUGCGAGUAAGAGAUCAGGUUAACGGAAAUCAUCUUGAACGAUCAUCUAAAAAAUGCUAUAAAUACCCCUUCAUUGAUGCUUGGGGAUAUGGAGAAAUGAUGUUGUUGAAAGACCUGGGGGAUGCAUCAAAAGGAUACAUAAGGAACGAUACUGUCAUUGUGGAAGUCAUAUUCACUUCUUUAGCCGUCCGAGAAGUUUUACUGGAAACAUAAUAAUGUAUAUUUAAAUUCUG